CAGACCUCGAGAGGUUCAAAAAUGAAGCGUCUUGCUCUCAUGGAUUGGAUGCUUGGACCUUUGAAUGUUCGUCCCACCUCCGCUUCCCGCAUAAUCCACUCGUAGUGUGGACGACAAGGUCAAGGUCUCCUUCCCAUCGCAACCUUCCGGGACGACAAUAUGGCGGCAUCAGCACCGAAGACGCCGACGAUGGGAGACAAGGUGGUAAUAUUCCCGCUGGAGGAGCCGGGCCAGAUCUCUGUGGUUGCGGUGUCUAUCGUCUUCAUCAUCAUUCCGACGUUGAUGGUGAUCCUCCGCCUCAUCGCCAGGCGCAUGGCGCAUAGAGAUAUGGAUUUGAGUGAUUGGUCCAUUAUUGCUGGACUCGUCUUCUCCAAUGCCUUGCAAGCAAUCUCCAUAGUCGCUGUAAUGCAAUGCGGUGUUGGCCUUCACAAUGCCGUCAUCAUACCCAAGUAUGGGGUCGGACCAAUCGUCAAGUUUCUCAAGGUCCUCGUCGCGCAACAGAUCCUGUGGGCCAUCAGCCUCAGCCUCUGCAAGAUCUCCAUCCUUCUCCUCUACUCCAAGCUCUUCAGCACCAGGUUCAUGAUCUUGUCGGCGCGGAUACUGGCCGCCUUCACCAUGAUGUGGGUCAUGGUCACGGUGCUGAUCGCCUUCUUCAUCUGCAUCCCCCUCUCGGACAACUGGCUCCUCGAUCUCAAGAACCGACACUGCGGGAACCAGCCUGCAGCGGAUGGCACGAUGGGGGUGUUGAACAUGAUCACCGACAUCAUUGUCCUCGUCAUGCCGAUUUCUCAUUUGUGGAGUCUUCGGCUGGAGAUGUACAAGAAGGUCGCUCUGAUCGUCACCUUCUCGCUCGGAGUCUUUACGUGCAUCGUAUCGGCUCUGCGCCUCUACUACCUUGCCAACCUCGUGUACCUCGACGUGACCUUCAACAUCCCCAACGCCCUCAUCUUCAGCGCGUUGGAGCCCGGCGUCGGCAUUACCCUCGCGUGUAUCCCCUUCCUCCGACCUCUGCUGGGCCGUUCCUCGUACUCAACCAAAGGGACGGCAAACUACUACAGCUCAAAUGGCAAGUCCGAUGGCCUCUCAAAUCGGAGGAGCAAACGCCAAAGUGACGGAUUCGUCCUCGUGGACAAUUUGUCGCAGCAGCACCUUCGGGAGGCCGAGCAGAGUGAUUCGGCACCAACCAUGCCCAGCAAGGUCACGUAUAGCAGAAGCAGUAGUGUUCCAGAUAUAGAUUAGUAUAUGAACAUGAUAGAUCAUUCAAGCCUCAGUGUUCAGUGAUGCCUGACAAAGCGCGCCUCAUGCGCUCAUUCAAUCAUUCGCGGUGGCUCCUUGACGUCUUCUGGAAGCUUGCUCCAUCGGCUCGUGUAGACCCUGCCAUCCUUGAUCACCGCCAAGACGUUCUUCUCCGGCUCAUCCAGUAUUGAGACGUCGUCCAGCGGAUUCCCGUUGAGAAUCAGCAAGUCCGCUACGAACUUCUCCUUCACCUGCCCCAGCACAUCCUCCUGUCGAAGCAUUCUGGCGGCGUUGACCGUAGCAGAUUGAAGCACCUGCUGGUUGCUGAGAGCCUGUUGCCGGAUGCCAAACUCCCUGCUCUGUUCAGCCUGCAGGGGACCGAGCAGAUCCGAUCCAUGACAGAUGGUCACGCCCGCUGUGGCGGCAAUCUUCAACGACUCGAGACCCCUUUCCAAGACCUCCUGAUUCUUGCGCUGGUUCUCGGGGGGCAGGAAUCCCUUGUACUUGUCGGAGCCCAUGGCGUCGUACGUGACCAGCGUAGGCGUCAGCCACACGGCGUUCUCGGCCAUGAACUCUGCCGUCUCCUUGUCGAUGAAGUUGCCGUGCUCGAUGCCCGUCACGCCGUUCUCGACCGCGUGGCGGAUCGCCCGCGGGGUAUAUGCGUGCGCCGUAACCCAGGUACCGUAGCUCCGCGCGACCUCGCUGAUGGCCUUGAUCUCGUCCGCCGUGAACUGCGUGUUCUCGAUCCUAUCUGUCGGCGACGCCACACCGCCGCCGACCAUGAUCUUGAUAAAGUCCGCCCCCGUCCUGAGCUGCUCUCUCGUCGCCCUAAUACAUUCCGGCACGCCGUCCACGACGUUGGAGAGUCCCGCCGUGCCGCCGCAGCAGAGCCCCGAAUGAUCGUGGGCGCCUCGGCGAUCGCCGUGGCCUCCGGUCUGCGAGAGGGCCUGGUUGGCGAUGAACAAACGAGGCCCAGGAAAGACGCCGUCCUGGAUAGCCUCCUUGAGCGCGAGAGUUGCACCGCCGGUGUCGCGGACCGUGGUGAAGCCCUUGCUUAGGAUGCGACCACACACGAAGGAUUGCCGCAGAUGAGAUACGGUGGCAUCCAUGUUGAAGCCGCCGUUGAGGCCGGCCUCGCCGGGCACGGAGCUGACAUGAACGUGGCAGUCAAUGAGGCCCGGAGAGAGGUAUUUUCCCUGCAGAUCGACCACAAUGGCAUCAUUGCCUGAACUGUCGGCUGAGCUCUGUCCAACGCUCUCAAUCAAGCCGUUUGAGAUCUUGACGGUCGUGUUCUUAAUAACAAGGCCCUUGGCGGUAUCCACGACAUUUGCGUUGAUAAAGAGGUAGGUAUUGUGCCGAGGGAGUUUCCAUGGCUUGAUGAGCUUCUCCGGGAUCGCAUCCUCAGCGUCUGCUGUCCACCGCGGCGAAGUGCGCCGGGGAAGCUCCAUGGCGGGGCCGGCGAGGGCGGGAGCUUUGCGAAGUGUCAUACUCUGGCAGUGCUGGAUGAAGGGCGCGUUGGAAUGCACUGUGAGAGCGAAGAGCAGAGCAAAGACUUCAAGACUCAGUGUUCAAUUCAAUGACGAGAGUUGAAGAGGAGUCGGACGGUGUUGCCGUGGCCGAUAAGCGCAUCGGAGCAGUUUGCCGGUGC